UGAUAACUCAUACUCAGAUAGGACCAUUAACUUUCCAUAGCCUCGCAUCAAAAAGACACAAAAAAAAAAAAAAAAAACUAUUUGGCUCUAAAUUGGGACGCGCGUCUGCACUACUGAGUAUAAUCACAUUCAGAUACACGUCUAUAACUAGGAUACUUCACAGUCAUAGCAGACUCACAGAUUUGUAACCUGGAUAGAAAGAAGGAGAUAAUGAAUCUGCUCGAAAUAUUGCUGGAUCUAAAUGAAACCUUCUCCCUAGCGCUUGUUGCCAUUUUCCUCAUUCUCGUAUACAGAUGGUCUUUCACUACUCUUUCAAAGAACUCACCACCUUCUCCACCAAAGCUCCCUAUCAUUGGUAACCUUCACCAACUAGGCUUACAACCCCAUCGCUCACUUGAAGCCCUGUCUCAACGCUGUGGCCCUCUCAUGCUCCUCCAUUUCGGAAGCGUCCCCGUUCUUGUUGUCUCGUCUUCCGAGGCUGCAAGUGAGAUUAUGAGAACCCAUGACCUCAAUUUCUCCAACAGACCCAAGUCGGUCAUCCUUGAGAAGCUUCUCUGCAACUAUAAAGAUGUGGCAUCGGCACCUUAUGGCGAGUAUUGGAGGCAGGUGAAGAGUAUAUGCGUUCUCAAUCUUCUGAGCAACAAGAGGGUUCGGUCUUUUCGCGCUGUGAGAGAAGAUGAAACCAAGUCCAUGAUCGACGAAAUAACGAAACAUUCGUCGUUUUCAAGAGUCGUGAAUUUAAGCGAAAUGUUUGCGACACUUACUAAUGGUGUCAUUUGCAGAGUGGCUCUGGGGAGGAAGUACAGUAGCGCUGAUUGCGUUGAAGGCGGUCAGACCUUUAAGGAGCUUCUGCUGGAAUUUGGAAAUUUACUGGGCACCUUCAGUAUCGGGGACUUUAUUCCAUGGCUUGCUUGGUUGAACCGUGUGAAUGGUUUGAAUGCUAAGUUAGACAGAGUGGCUAAACAGUUUGAUGACUUUUUGGAUAAAGUGAUUCAAGAUCAUAAAGAUGAUCGUUCAAGGAGUGGAAACGAUGGCCAAUCUCAGAUUGACAACGACAACCAAAACGAUUUUGUGGACGUUUUGCUCGAGAUUCAAAAGGCGAACUCGCUUGGUUUUCCUCUUGACAUAAUUAGCAUCAAGGCUCUCAUCUUGGAUAUGUUUGCUGCUGGAACUGAUACCACAUAUACAGUUCUAGAGUGGGCAAUGACGGAGCUUUUAAGGCAUCCAAGUAUCAUGAGCAAACUGCAAAAUGAGGUACGAGAAAUAGUCGGAAACAAAUCACACAUAACUGAGAAUGAUUUGGUUGAUAUGCGCUACUUGAAGGCAGUGAUCAAGGAGACUCUUCGUUUACACCCUCCAAUUCCAUUAUUAGUACCCAGAAAAUCCACCCAAGAUGUGAAAAUAAAUGGUUAUGACAUCAAAGCCAACACACAAGUUAUAGUCAAUGCAUGGCAAAUUGGAAGAGAUUCCAAGUCAUAUCACAAUCCGGAGGAGUAUGAUCCAGAAAGGUUCUUAAAUACUCAUAGUGGAAUAGAUUAUAAGGGAAAUGACUUUCAAUUAAUUCCAUUUGGAGCUGGGAGGAGAAUAUGUCCAGGAAUUCAAUUUGCCAUGGCGAUUAAUGAGAUUGCUUUGGCAAAUUUGGUGUAUAAUUUUAACUGGACACUACCCGGUGGAGCAAAAUGUGAAGAUUUAGAAAUGAGUGAAUCGACCGGGGUAACCAUACAUAGAAAAUAUCCUCUUAAAGUUGUUGCUAUUCCAUAUUCUUAUUGAACUAUAUAACUAUAUGUACAUGUAGCUUAUAUAGAGAAGAAUAUUGUGGUUGCUCUGUCUAGUCGCAAAGAACAUUAUUGUCAAUAAUAUCAGGAUUAUAUUUGAUAUUGUGGA